AUGUUGAAUGUCAAACCAAACCAGAAUCUAAUCAUUGACCUUGAUUCUUCUUGUUACAAUGCUCUAAUCAGAAUUUUGAUCAAGUGUUUAAAGUUCUCACCAUUGAUGAAAGCUAUAACAAUGUCUGAAGAUGUUCCUCUUGUUCAUCUCUCCAAAGAUUUCUCCACUGCGAUCUACAAGAUUGAAGAUAUCAUCAAUUUUGAAGUUUUAAACCGCAACACCUCGAUCUUGAAGCCUAAUUUCUACAAACUUCUAGCGCUUGUUACGCCUAAAGUCAGUAUUGAUCCUGAAUCAAUUCCUACCACAUACUUGAUCGAGAUGUUCUUUCAAAUGGGCUACACUGGUGAUAUCUCUUUACCGUCGUACUUCAGGAAUUUAUUCUUACCUCCAAUGUGGAAUGGAUUAUUUACUCUCUUGUUCAAAAGCUUUUCAGAAAAGGUUUUAGGUUCUGACAGUGCAAGCAUGUUUUUCUACACUUUGAUCUCUGGGUUAUAUCAUGCUAUCAAAUUGGAUUUUGGGUAUGUUAUUUGGGCACAAUUUGGUCAAGGCACGAGUUCAUCCAGACGAAACCCAAAAAUUUCUUUUGCUGAUUUCUGGUCAAAUGUUGUGAACAGGUCCCUUAUUCACUUCAUGGUUCCUCAGAUGCAACAUUAUCUAAUGACUGAAAUUCUGAUGCUACAGACCACUAGAUUUGUGAUGUUGGAUCCCAGGAAUUUUGAGUUCUUUGGAUCUAUUCCUGAAGUACUAUUGGAAAAGUGCCAUUGGAAAAUGCCAUUGGAAAAUGCCAUCUUCAGGGAUUAUAAAAAAAUACCCUCUUUUGGUAAAAGGAAAGACAAGGCUACUCCUUUUGGGGGAAUGAAAGUCAUGAAGAAAUCAAAAAAUCCAGUUCCAAAACCACAGUCUCCCUCUCCGGUGCUUCAAUAUCAAUCCAAAGAACUCACUUCAAUUUGUCCACUCGUUUGUGGAUGA